GCCCCGCCACGGUCCUCGGGCCCUUGCACGUGAUGGAGACGCGUCGCUGGGAAACGCGUCUGGCGGCGUGUGUGAGGUCGCUGCGCAGCGCGUCGCUCGACGUCCGAGCCUGUCCACCAAGCCCUCUUAGUCGACACCCUCCAUCUUCCUCAAGAACACUAGUCCUCCUGACUAUCCUUCGCCCGCCCCGGAACGUCCUGCUCGAAAAGCAGACCGCGCGCCCGAAAUGUCGGGCUUCCUCGGUGUGCUGUUCAUGUCCGUCCUGCUCGCCGCAGCCUCUUUCGGCAUCGGCGUCCUCCCGCUCUCCUUCGCAUUCUCAAAACCUGCGCUGGCCAAGCUCUCCGCGCUCGGCACAGGCCUCCUCCUCGGCGCAGCAUUGGGCGUCAUCAUCCCCGAAGGCGUCGAGACGCUCGCCGAGUCGUCUUCCUCAUCCUCCUCCGGCCACGCGGAGCUACCAACGACCGCGAUCGCACUUUCCCUCCUCGGAGGCUUCACCUUCAUGCUCCUCGUCGAGCAGUUUCUCUCGCCGCAUUCGCAUACUUCGCCCGCGCUGCCCACCUCCCCGCCGCAUACGCGGAAGCCCUCGCUCGCCGACGGCCCGAGCACGGUCGAGUUCGACGCCGAGCUCGAGCUCUCCCAGCUUGAACGCGCGGAGGGGAUCGCGUUCGGCUCGGGCGACGGCGGUGCCGCCGCGAGGAGGGUGCACAGACGGAGCGAUAGCGUGUCUGGCGAUGGGGAGGGCAAGGCGCGCGCGGUGCCACUUACGCUUGGGCUCGUGAUGCACGCAUUGGCGGACGGGCUGGCGCUGGGCUCGUCUGCGCUCUCUGGGACGGCGGAGGGCGGUGUGGGUGCGGGAGAGGCGGGGUCGGUGGUGCCUUCGGGGUUGUCGCUUGUGGUGUUCUUUGCGCUGGUGAUACACAAGGCUCCGACCGCCCUCGCACUCACAACCUCCCUUCUGUCCACGUCCCUCUCGCGCACGGACUGCAAGCGGCACAUCGCUGCGUUCAGCCUCUCAACGCCCCUAGGCGCGCUCGCGUCCUACGCGCUCCUCUCAUGGUUCGGCGUCGGCGACACCGCAGUGGGGGCGGGGCGGGUACCGGGGGUCGCCAUGCUCGUCUCGGGCGGGACUUUCCUGUACGUCGCGACCGUCCUCCGGCCUGGGCACGCGGAGGAGGGUGAUGUCGGGCACAAGACGAGGACGGCGUGCACCCUGCUGGGGAUGUUCGUGCCUGUGGCGAUCGGCGCGUUCGUGGGGCAUGACCACGGGCGCGGUGCGUAGCCUCCGCGUGUGGGUGGCGUGGUCCGUGUUUGCACGAGGUUCGUGGUCGUCCUUGGUUUUUGGGUGGAGGGCUCUGUGGUCAAGCGUGAGGCCGUUCCGGGGUGGUGCGCGUCCUGACUUUCGGGCGAUUCCUUGGAGACCAUCGUCCCAUUCGUGAACGGCGCGGAGUUCUUCA